AUAUAUAUAUACACACAAACCAUAAGCCUUUUCAUUCCUAUCUCCCUCUCAAUCUCAACAAUGCCAAUGGAGAAACCCACCAACAUUAUCAGAACUUCAAUCUAUACUUUCUUGCAAAACUAUCAAUACUUCACAACUACGGUUGCAUUUCUUGCCUUUCCUUUUUCUUCUUCACUUCUACUCUCUCAACUCUUUCUUACUUCUUCUUUUUCCUCCCUUUUGCCAUUCAUUUAUAAUCGUCUCAGGACUUUGUUUCAAGCUGCAGGCUUCCCCUCUUGUGAGUUUUUCACUAUUCUCACCCUCAAGCUCUCUCAGACUCUCUCUUCUUCAAUCUUUACUCUUCCUUUCACCCUCACCUUUUUACUUUUUGCCAAAGCUUCGAUAAUUAAAGCUUUGAAACAACACCACCAUAAAGUAUCGUCUUCACCGCCUUCCUUUUCUUCUUUUCUUUCGAUUUUUAAUCCUCUGUUUUUUACCCAUAUUUGCAACUCAUUCGUGAUCCUCUCCGCCAACGCCACAGUCUUUGCUAUCCUGUUCUUCGCCUUCAACUUUCUGGAAGAAAUCGGCUUCUCUCCUGAUUGGCUCCUCUUCUUCUCAGCAACAGGCGCAGUUUUAUAUUCAAUUUUCCUUGCAAACGCCCUCAUAAUAUGCAACUUAGCAUUGAUCAUUUCCGGCAUGGAGAGAAGAACAAGCGGAUACCUGGCGAUCUUAAAGGCGUGUGUUCUUAUAAGAGGAAGAACUUCAACAGCUCUUUCGCUGGCUUUACCAGGGAACUUGCUCUUGGCGGGUGUUGAAGCCUUGUUUCAAUACCGAAUCCUAAGAAUUUAUCAUCAUGGAAGAAAUUUUGAUCUCUCGAUGGGCUCGGAGGGAGUGCUAAUCGCUUACUUGUAUUCAAUUUCUGUUGUUCUUGACACUGUUGUGAGCUGCAUAUUCUAUAAAAGCUGCAAGGCAAGUUUUUUGAUAGAACAGGAAGAAGACAGAUACUCAUAUCAGAUCGAAAUCACAGAAGGAGAAACAGGUGAUUAUCUCAGAGUAAAGAACUGUGAAGAACUUCCGUAGAGGAUUUUAAUGUUUCUUUUUUAACAGAAAAAAAAAAAAAAAGUCUACACAUGAAAAUGGAAGAUGUAAAAUUCAUCAGCAAAAUUUGUUCUUUUUCUUGGUUGCUUGAGGUGAAGAACCAGGCAACUCCAGAGAAGCAGAAAAGGAAAAAUGUAAAAUAUUUACCUCUGAUACAUAUAUACUUGCAUUUAAUCUUUAUUUAAUGAACUUUUUUUCUUUUAAGCAAUAUUAUAUAUAUAUCAAUUUCAAAUAUA